AUGAUGUUUGGUUGGGUGAUUUGGAUAGUUGUGGGUCUCUUUUUGGCCACGCUGAUGAAUGAAGACGACGAGGUGCUAGACCGCCCCGUGCUUCCAUGGGAGGUGCAGCCCACCUUUUGGGAGCGCCAGGCGCGGGAACAACUCUACUUUGCUUCACACCUGUUUCCGCAUUUGGUGCAGAGACGAGCCAAAAAUGCCAUUUUUUUUCUUGGCAAAGGACUCGCCUCUGGGGGCAUUUCCAGCGGACGCCUGUACAAAGCCUUUAAGGCAAAACGUACAGGGGAGGUAAAACGAAUGAGUUUUGAGAUGUGGCCUUUCAGCACCAUGUGCAGAACGUACGAUCUCGAAACCAUGUCGGCGGAUGAGGCCAGUUCUGCGACCGCUCUUUUGACAGGAACGAAGACUCGAUCAGGGAUGCUGGGGCUAACGGGUAAUGUCAAGCUUGGGUCAUGUCAUCCGCAUACGGAAAAUGAGAAAACGGUGUCCGUAUUGAAUGCCGCUAUGGAGGCUGGGCUGGCCACUGGCAUUGUGACCAACACACGCUUGACCCAGGCUCCUUCAGCCGCCAAUUUUGGAUAUGCUUCUACACUUAGUUUUGAAAACGAUGUUGAAGUUAAUAGACAUUGCAACCAAACCACCAACUUCAAGUGCAUGGAUUUGGCUAAGCAGUUGGUACUCGAGCACCCGAUGAUCAACGUUAUGCUUGGUGGUGGGCAGGAAAACUUUUAUCCCAAUACAUCGUCCCUACCCAGCGACACUACUAAAAAGGGCUCCCGUGGCGAUGGACUCCUUUUACCUAACAUUUGGCUCUCCUCGCUGCGGGACAAGGGUCGAAGUGCCGAAUAUGCGGGUAGAGCUACGGAAUUACAUGAAAAGAUUCUUACGCGACCCGACCACCUCUUAGGUAAGUAA